UGCGCUGUUGGUUUGUUUUCUGCGCAUAUAUAUCUCGCACAUGUUUCUUUGUAUCUGAAAUGCUGUUGAUUUGAGUUUUGGCUAUUUUUCUUCGCGUCUAUGAUUGAUCUUCGGCGUCGGUCGGCCGGAAGACGCAGGAUGUGUUCCUGCCCACACCUGAAAGACUUUAAAAAAGCCGAUGGGUUGAGAGUCUUUCGCAAAAUUCACGCGCAUUUCGUCUGUUGCGGUUCGCGUGAAGCAAGGAAGCGAAAGGUACAACACCAGUUGUAGAUUUCCUUGAUGGAGGUCCAGCGGUCUGAAACACUGCUAGCCUUAUGAUGAUGUUGUUUUUAUAUUUUUCUUGACUAAAGGCCAGCUUGUGCCAUUGUCACGAGUGUGGAACCUACUCCAGCCGUCUUCACUCUUGCCUUUUGUGCGUUUAUUUCGGUUGCUACACCGGAAACCGGCACAUUCACCUUCACGCGCAAUCAACAGGCCAUUCUCUAGGUACGGAAACCGUCUACUUUCGUUUAUACUUCUGUGUCUCCCUUGAUCAACUGUGAACUUUCCGUUUCACAAUAAUUUUGUUUUACUCCGAUUUUUUAGCUUUGGAUUUGACGCAUGGUGCAGUCUACUGUUUCGUGUGCAAAGACAAUGUAUACGAUCUGGAUUUGGAGAAAAUUUGCGUCGAACAGAGCGUCAGGGCCUGGAAGACGUUAGGUAGGAUCAUCAUACAGUGUUGAUCAGUGCAGAGAAAAAGUUUAAUAGUUAAACUAUUAAUAUAAUGCAUAAGGCAAAUCAUGAGGCGUUUACGCGCAUUGUAAAUAUUAAAUAGUUUCAAGCAGUUUAUUUUGUGUCACAUUAUGCUGUUGCACGCAAAUAAAGGAAAUAAGUUAAUUGUACAAUUAUACUGUUUAGGUUAUAACGUACACAUCAUCUUUUAUCUUUGGUAAUUGUUUACUUGCUACAUCUAAUGUUAGAAGGGUAAUAGUGGUUCAUCAUUUUUUGCUCCUAGCCUACAUGUACAUGUACAUGUACUCAUCCUUCUUUCUUCGUGUCCUAGAACCGGGAUUUAAUCCGAUUGUUAUAUCAACGUUGUUGGACAAGCUGUUUGACUUGUCAUCUCCUUACCUCCAGAUUGUUAAGCUAGUGGCUACCGUUUCUGCAAAGUGUUCUAAUUUUAACCAAAUGAUUUUAAUCUUAUAUCUCUCUUUAAUAACAGAGUGGCCGUUUUAAUAUUGAUAAAGCUCUGAUGACCUGCCCAGACAUAAAUCCUGAACAAAUUAACGAAUUCUCCGACAAUAAUAUGCUGACUUUUGAUAAGAAGGAGGAAAAAGUAAAUAUAAUUGUCACCACUAGGUUUGAAUAAAUUCUUUUCUUGACUGAAAUAUAAAUCAAUUUGACAAAUUUAGUUUUCUGUGGCUUUUCAUUUGAAAAAGCUCUCCUUUUUUCAACCUCCCUUCCCCAGGAGUGUAGCUGUAGAAAUUUUUUGGAUCUGGGACCAGGAUUCUUGUUGGGGAAAAAGGGUGAGUGCAAAGAAAGAGGCAAACCAACCAAGGGAUAACGGGGAAAAGGGACACUGCUCUUUCCUCCUCCCCAGUCCCUUGUUCAGCUCUCUUCGCUCGCGGAUUUUUUCCAUCCAGUUAGUAGCCUUUCUUCCUCACCAAGGAUCAUCAGACCUGCCAACCUCUGAUAAAGGAAGAUCUGGAGACCCACAAAAAAAAAAAUUGGGAGAUUCUACUAAAAGGAGUGACCCUUUUUCCAUGCGGGAAAUUAACAGUUUCUUUAAAUAUUACCCUGCUUUAGUUGGGUCCCCUGGGUUGGUUCCCUCCUGUAACAAAUUAGAUAUCGCUUUUUCUUUGACGACUUUAAGAGACAAGAGAAUAGGUCAUCACUGGGAUGAAACUCGUAGCAAAGAGUCAUUUCUUCUGGAUAAGCCAACUUCAUGGGUAAAAUUUUACAAAGCACCAUCCAGCCUUAAAUAGGCACUAUCAUUCCCACGAAAUUUGAUCACAAUUGUCUCUAAAGUCGAGCCUCCAUUAAGCGGCCACCUUUUAAGCAAGCACCCUCCAUUAAGCAACCAGUAUUCAAAGUUCCAAAACAAUAAUAUUGUAGAAAAGAAGGAGGAACUCUUCAGUUUUAAAUUUUGUUCCUCUCAACUCAUGUUUUCCCACAACAUUAUUCUUAAAAACGGUUUUGAUCACAUUCUCUGUGAAUAUUAAAUCCAUUAAAAAACCCAACUCAUAUCCCAGUGCAUUCUGGUAACAGUCCACACUUGGUUUAGGCAGGUUAACCACAAGUCUCAAAUGUUGUUUUCCUACUACAUUGUUUAAAAAAAUUUAGUUGUACAAAUUUUAAAAAAUAAAAAUAAACACUCAUCACUAAAUUUUAAAAAAUAAAAUAAACACUUUUGCCCUCUAGAAAAUCUCAGAUUUUUCAUACAAAUCAUAUGCGGGGCACCCUAGAUUUUACAGUUUCAGAGCACUGGGCUGCCUUCAAUUUUCCUUAGAGCACAGCCUUGGGCGAUUAAGACACCUGGGGUACUGGGGUACCAUUUACAGGUGAAAAGUGGAAAUUUCCAGUUGGAAAAUCAAAUGGUUUGUGCCAUUCCAUUUGGGAAGCUUCUAAAAAUAAGGGCUGUGAUUUGAGGCGAUGCAAUUUUUCAGCUAUUUUUAGUCUGCUCAGCUGGAUAUACUUUGUAUGGGUUCUAGCAUUCUCCCACCAUGUCAAAUUUUAUGGUUUUAUAUACACAAGAUUUCUACCCAGUUGGUUUGCGUAAAUGGUAAGCACCCCAGCUAGUCAAACCUGCUGUAUGGUGAUUUUCUUUUAACCAUAAGUUUUCCAUGUUGUCCUCCAAGAGACAUUUUUUCCAACAAUAUUUUUACAACAGAUUUUAAUCUGCAUUUUCUGCAAAAAAUAGUAGAUCUGAAAAGUGAUAACCAAGACACUUGUGUGACUUAAACUAGCCUUCAAACCCAGGCAUAGUGUCAGCUUUUACAGAUAAAUAAAUUACAAGAAGGUGAUUGAUUUGAUUACUGUACUUGAUUAACAAAAUUUUCACCAAUUUAGUAAACUGUAUGCAAUUAUUGUUAAAUCUCUCUGCAAAAUACAAGGUUUUACUUUUAAGCAAAUCAAGUCUCCUCUUGUACUAAUUUUGUAAUUUUGUUGUUAAAGCCACCAGUGACCAAUCCAUUAUUUUUAAAACACCAGUGACUCGUAAAAUGAGUUGUAAACUUAAAUAAAAUCUUUUACAUGCACUUUUUCUGUCUUCACUGUUACUUUAUGUGCAGACAUCAAACACUCCAUUGGCUGCUCAUAUUUAGUUAGUAGUUGGACUCUUACAUGUAUGUGUGUAUUAAUAAGUAUAGUAAAAUUAUUUUACGAUACUUCUCUAUGGCUACGAAUUUGUUGAUAUAAACCAAAGAAUUGGUACUUUUAUUGGGGAUGAGUGUGACGUCUCUAUUCUGAAGACUAUGUUCUGUUCUUAUUCAAAUAAAACUACAUUUAAUGUUCACAUGGAUAAUUUUCCUGAGGGAGAGGGCGGGGGGUAACAACUGUAAUGAAAAUAAUGGGGUUGCAUUUUCCAUAAAAAUGGGGUCGCACAUAUUUGGGACUUUAGGGGUAAGAAAAUUCUGGUGAGUAGAGAUUUAAAAAUGGAAAGAUUUACAUUUAAAAAAGUGACAGAAAGUGACUAAGUUUGGGUCCCAAAAGUUACAUUUUGCUCAGAGGUGACAGAUGGGGUCUGUAAUUUUGCCACAGAAUUGGGUUAGGGGUCAAGAGAGGCCAGCCGCAUCAUAGCCAAAAUUGUCCCCAGGCACUUUGAAUGUAAGGGAUUUUGAACUUGGAAAUGCCCUAUUUCUCAGGAAGAAUUUCACAUCAUAGUAUGUAUCAACAAUGCUUCUUUUACACAGGAAAAGGCCGUGUUAAGUACGUUCCUUGGGAACCAAACAAAUCAGAGGUUCAACUUCUCAAAGAGAACAAAAAGAGAAUCAAGGUGGAGAAGAAUUCUUUUAUAGGUGAGUUAAAAAAUGUUUGUCAGUAUUAUGGACACCAGCUAAAGCAUGUAACUGCCAUCAAGCAGCUCAUUGCCUUAUGGAUGGUAAUAAUGCUUAAGAUCAUUCGUGGUCUGCCAAGCCACAUUGACAAUGGAGGUCAAAAGGCCAGCUGAGACCUAUGUAGGUCUUACCAAGAACUCUUUCACGACCAGAUACAUGAACCAUUAAAAUGUUUCAGAGACCCAAACAAGAGACUCAGAAUAGAACUUUGCAAGUAUAUCUGGCAUUUGAAAGACACUAAGAUAGAAUUUAAUGUAACUUGGAAGAUUUGAAAGCAAGCAGCGCCUUUCAAUCCCUCUUCAAACCGCCUGUGGGAAAAAUAUUUUAACAUUUGCAGACCCGAUCUGGGGAGCUAGAACAAGUGAAAUAAACUUGUUACCUUCUUACAGGCAUGCGCACAAAUUUCUCCUCAUUGGCUUUAUAUCUGCUGCAGUUGUCACACAAUAGUUUCUGAUUCAAAUUCCAGAAAUUCUGUACGCGCAUGUGUAGUAUCAGAGUGUGUUGUAACAAACUUUUCAUUUGGUAAUUUUAUCUCAGGAGUGCCCCACAUGUUGUGUGGUACAAAACUAAAUAGUAAUAAAAUGCCAAGUCGGAUCAGAUCACCUCAACAAUGCUUUAGUCCUUGCAUUGAGCACUCUGCAAUAGUCAUGCAUGUAUAUCAACUGGUAAAAUAUCUACAUGUGCAGAUAAAAUUAGUCUCGUUUCUAAAAAAAUUUACACAGGUAUGUUUUUUUUUCUUUUCAAUAUGCAAAACAAAGGUUUUGAAAUUCACACUAGAAAAUGCAUAUCCCCUCUCUUUAAAGGGCCUCUGUAUUGCUUUGUGAAAUUUGUGCGGACAUGUGUCACUGGGAUUCUGAAACCCUAAUAGCUUACAACAGACCAGAUUCAGCUGAAUCUAGACUACACACAAAGAAUUCCUACCCUAUCUCAGAGAUUAUUUGCAAGAAACUCUAAAAUACACUGUACUUGUAAUUUUUAGUUACUCUUGUCUUUUGAGUGAUAUCCAUUUUUACUUUAUUGCAGGUUUAAGAGGACUUACUAACCUUGGGAAUACAUGUUUCAUGAACUGUAUAGUUCAGGCUUUGACUCACACUCCAUUACUGAGAGACUAUUUCUUGUCUGAUCAGCAUGUCUGUACUGGAGAAAGAGAUCAGUGUAUUGUUUGUGAAGUCGGGUCCGUCUUCCAGGAGGUGAAUAAAAUUAAUAGUAUGAUUAUUAGAAAGUCAACAUUCUUAAGUUUUUCUGGAUGAAGCAGUGGUAUCAUACCCCCCCUCCCUGUAUAUCCCUCAUGUAGUUUAUGUGUAGCGGUAACUUGAAAUUCCUCUUCUUAAGUCUGACCACUAUCAUAUCCUCUUCAAUUUUGGUUGAAUCGUAGCGUUGCAUUUACGCUAUUAUUAACCUGUAGUACUCAGUUUACCAAAAAAUUACAUCUAUGUCGUUAUCAGAUACUCUAGACUAUAUUAAACAAUGAAUUUAUGAAUUUCAUAUCUAAUCUCAAUCGUGGAAUCGAGAAAUAAUUGAAGAGAGUAUUAUCACAGUUAAAGGCUCAACUUAUGCAGUUGCGAAAAGAAGGCAUGAGAAAAUUCAGGCUCGAUGGAUUCUAACUCUUGACCCCUGUGAUACCGCUUCAUUGAUCUAAAUCGUUGCAUGAUUUAGUCAUAGAAAACAUCAAAUCAGUUGCAGUUUUGAGUUAGCAGACUACAACAUGCCUUGCAUAAAUGUUUUCGUCUUUCAGUUUUAUUCAGGUCAAAAGAAUCCACAUACUCCUUUUAAACUGCUUCAUCUUGUUUGGACACAUGCCCGCCAUUUAGCUGGUUAUGAACAGCAAGAUGCACAUGAGUUCUUUAUUGCUGCCCUUGAUGUACUUCAUCAGUAUUGCAAAGGUGCGUUGAUAAAGUAAAUUAUGACAAUAUUUAUCAAUUACAGGAACCUCCAUAUUGAGGAAUUUUAAAAAUUUUAAAGAGUUGGAGACAGAGAAGUUGGAGAAUCUAUUUAUUAUAAUUCUGAAAUUGGAAAAGUUUUUAAAAACGUUUGCAACUUUAGCGUGAUUAAAAAAGGAAAAAUGAACUAAUAAAAUACUUUAUUGGGUAUAAAGGGUACAGCAAAGUGACUUAAAAAAGGUGAGGGCAUUUUGAGCUUUAGCUAACACUGAGCUAAGUGAUGACCGGCUGCUUGAAACACCAUUUCUGGAACUGGAUCUUUAUUGUGGCCAAUACAAGUCAGUUUUGAUAAACUCAAAAGGUUUUAUCUCUCUCCUUCACCAGUUUCGUUGUGGUUCAGCUAAUAAUGUUAUCCUUGAGGACAAUUUUCACCAGUCUUGUUUCAUGUUCUGAGAGAUACAAUAAAAUUAUUUAUGGUAUGCUUAUAAAAAAAAUGAAGGAAUUACAAAACGCGUGUUCGUUUAGGGUCAGGGAAGCGUCAAGGAAUAGAAAUGAUUUUAUUGUUUUGGACACUUUUGCUAACUUUACAUACCAUACACAAUGUCAAUGUUCAAUGUAUUUUUCUCUUUAGAGGAUGCCCCAAACAAGGAGAUUUUGGUUCCAAAUAAUCCCAACAGAUGUAACUGUAUAAUUGAUAGAAUAUUCACUGGAGGUCUUCAAUCAGAUGUUACUUGUCAAGCAUGCAGGUAAGUAAGGCUAUUUUUCUCCAUUCCUUUCCCAUGUUGUUCAGGAGUUUAAGUAUCUACAUGUACAACGGUAACGGCAACGUAAACAUCACACAGAAGGGAAUUCGCGCUGCGUAAAACUUCUUGGCUCUGACAUUCCAUCUCGUUCAAUGAAAUGUUAGCGAAUUUUUCUCGAGUUGAAUUCCAAAAGCCUGGUGUUUCUAAGUUCAGAAAAAGAAAAAAUAAAUCUUUUUCUCGAGUUGUUCACGUCCUUCAUAAAACGUGAAAUUAGGACGUUUCACGUUGUAGUCGUGCAGUGACGGCAAAAAAGGUACCAAAAAAGCGUGCUGCACGUGCAAAGUUGUGUUGUUUUUACUAAUCUAUACCUAUUGCUUUUUUGCCGUUCUCGUUGCCGUCUCCGUAGCCGUUGCUAAAGCUUCUUAGUAGGCAGCUAGGCCCCGUCCACAACUGUCGUUUUUAUUGGAAAAAUGAUUUUUUUUAUCCCGUCUACACAAACCCGAUGAGAACACUCACCGGAAAAGUAACCUUUCAUAAACGCUCUCCGGAGGGUAAUUCCGUAAGUUUUCAUGAAAACAAAAUGAUCCAUGCGGAAUCCAGAAAAAUUACCGUAAUAAACGUGAUGACGAUAGUUUUUUGGAAGAGAUAGAAAAAAUAUUCGUUUUUAAUUAAAGAGGAUACGUUUGGACUCUGUUCAAGAUACAAUGAGGGAUUAUGACGAUGUCAGUAGCAAAAACAUGGCCUGUAAUGUGAAUUAGCUGUGAAUUUGUGUUCAUGCAAAUUUCAUCAUAAUUUUUUUAAUCCGCUAGAUUUGUCAGAAAGAGAUUCUUAGGGCGUGUAUUCAAGUUUAAAAAGGACAAAGGCUAAUUCGUGAAAGUCGGAAAUUUGUCUUUGUUUAGUUGUACUGGGCCGGGAAGAAAAAAGAACCAAAAAGUGUGAUUCACAGCAUGAGUUGUUGCUUUUCAAAAAUCGUAAAUUGUGUAAGUGAGGACCAACGUGACAAAACAGUAGUAAGGCAUCCAAAUGGAGGAUAUAGAUACGCAAAAAAUGCAAGGCUGAGUUAACAGUGCAGCUACUCGAUAGUCAUAAUUGGGCAAUAUUGCGAAAAGGCACUGUGAACUCGUUCUUCAAGGUCUUGCAAAUGCCUAUGGGUAAAAGCAAGCACUUGUUGUUUUCUUUAGGCCUAUUGCUUUUUUGAAUUUUUCGUUGCUGGCGUGGCUUCUUAAAAGUCCUACUGUAUGAGGAACGUGAGAAUUAUGAAGUCUUAAAAUGGCAUGCUAUUCUUUUAUAGGAGUGUGUCUACGACUAUUGAUCCUUUCUGGGAUAUCUCUUUGGAUCUUGGUAAUGUAGAUCAUAGUAAUGGGAAUGGAAAAAGCAGUUCAAAAAGCAGUUCAGGAGCCAACGAUAGCAGCUUCUAGUUGCCUGAGCCAACGAUACCAUGAGGAUCAACAGUACAGGCAGAUUUAGAAUGUCAACAGGCAACAAGGUGCUCUCCAGUAUAUUGGGAUUACGGAAAAGACUGGUCUAGCUGGACAUUCCUAACUGGUCUAAUAGACAUUCCUAACUAAUAAUGUUAAACAUCCUGGGUUUCACAUACACUGCAAGCAGUAUCUUUCUUUGUUAAGAUUUAGUGGGAAACUGCACAGGUGCGCGAGCGCGGUUUGUGCCUUCAGUCACGCGUGUGGUCAUUUCAUGUCUCCGUGUUUCGCUUGACGGACUAAGAGAAAAGAGAGACUGCUCGUAGUCUGGGUUCCACACUGUAGGCGUGGCUAUACUUUCGGAAUGUUGUACGUUUUAUUUUUCUUCCAUUGAAGCUAAAAUUAAAUUGUUAAUUGACUGUUUUUUUUCUUUCUCGUUGUGCAGAGGAAAUUGGUCAGUCUCAGCUUACAGAAGACAGUAGCCACCAUGAUGAAAGCUUCGUUCCCAAGUCACUUGUAGAUUGUUUAAGAAGGUAGAAAAAGAAUCUUCAAUGUUUUAUUUCUUCGUCUUGUCCUUAAGGCUAAUUUUAUUUUUGAUUUUCCCAAUGUGUAUAUAGUAGGUCUUGCGAAAAACCUCUGAAAAAUCUUUGGAAAAUAAAAUAACGAAAGAAUUAUAAUAAUGAAAGAAAUGAAACUUAGCAUUGUGGAUGCAAACGAUUAUUUUGUAAGAGCUGUUUUUUCAUACAGUGGAUUUUUACUGCCUUAUUGCAGGAAAAGCUCCGCCAGGUUAAUUUAACUGCCCCUUUGCAUCACCACUGCAUUGUUGUCAUAAAUACAAAUAAAUAGAUACAUUGUACACUUUGAUGUUUUUAUUAGAUUUACGAGACCCGAGAGACUAGGAAGCGAAGCAAAGAUAAAAUGUAGUCAAUGUCAGACAUAUCAGGUAACAGCCGUUUUUUAUUAAAUUUACGCUGAAAUUGUUACAUUUUUAUCAGUGAGGUAUGAACAGAUUUUCAAUGAGUGCUGUUUAGGUUUGAUCUUAGAUAGUGGUAUUACAGUUUGAAGUAAUUUAACACACAUUGCUUCGAGAAAUUGGACGCUCUUACGAUUUAAUAAGGAACAAUUGUUGCCAUAGAUAUAUGGCUCAACAAGGUCUCACAACGUUCUGACAUGUUGGUCCAACAUUUUCCAACAAAAUCCAACAUGGCCCAAUAUAUUGUUCAAACCAUCUAAUGCAAUAUUAGUUUAUGAUUUUGUAGAAAAAAGAGGGAUCUUGUUGAACGGGAUUCUAAGUGUCGUUUCUUGUUUGUAGGAAUCUACCAAGCAAUUAACUAUGAAAAAGUUACCUAUUGUAGUAUGCUUUCAUUUUAAGGUAAGCCUUACCCGUAUUUCUCAUGUCGGAUGUAUUAUUGGGCUGCCUGUGGCAAUGCUUAAUUGCGUUCUAAGAAUUGCGUUUGUCGGAAAAGGAAAAAAUGGUGGCCUUAUAACAAAGAAGGCGUUGCGUGUCCCGUCCCCCUGCGAUGGGGACGAUCAUUUGAUUUUUGCGGGUAGACGGGUUGUCAUUUCAGAUACAAACAAAUAGACUUAGAAUGCAAACAAAAUUCUGGCAUUAACUUAUAUUAUUAGUACUAUCUAAACUUCAAAGUCAUUCGUAGUUCGGCUUCAGUGGCCACAAAAAAUACAAUUAAAAAAUAAUGUGACUAUAAGUACAAAUUUAAGCUUCAGCUUUCGGGCCUUAGCAAAAUAUUAUACCACUGCAUCGCGUAGCCUGCGGUACAAUGUACCCUCAUUAUAGGGGUUUUGUUUAGUUUAGAGUUUCUCUUUUUCUACACCCUUCGAAACAUCCGCCUGCAUUCCUCCUACUCCUCGCAUACUAGAAUAACGCUUAAUUGGAGGUAAAUGUGAGAUAAAUAACAAUUUCAGUCGUUCUGGGUUUUUUUUAUCUUUCAGCGUUUUGAACACUCGAAGAAAUCUAAGAAAAUAUCUACGUACAUUCCCUUUCCCCAACAAUUAGAUAUGGCACCUUUUACCGCGUCAAGGUAUGUUAUUCCUUCAGAGUUUUUGUGUUCAGAGAGAAAAUUAUGUAUAUGAGAUAUUUUACGUUUCCAGUGGCAAAGGCUACGUUCACACGACAGUAUAAGGCACAGAAAUGGAACAAGUCGUUCGCACACAUCGAACAUCGCGCCGGAGUGGUUUGCCAAGAGGGGUUGGUGAACUAAAUCCCAGACCUCACUCCUGAAUAUUUACUUUCGUCUCAGUGGAUUCCAGUCUUCGCUCCUAUUUAUAUACUUCCGGUACGGUUCACACCUGUACGGUACGGUUCAUACCUGUUUACACUGUACUGACCAAAAAGAGACCACGAACCUAUCCGAUAAGUGACGCUCCUUUUUCGAGAUCGGCGCGGCGCAGUUUCGCUCCGUUACAGAGAUAACGCCUAAAUCACCGUUCUUAUGUCUGGACAGAAGCCCUACCCGGUGUUGUUUUCAUACUGGUGCAAAAGUUACAUGUUAUAGUGUGACCUCUUGAAGGCAAUGAUAUGGCUAAGCAUUUUGUAUUUCACGGCUAGCGAAGGAAGGAAAAGGGAUCAUGCGUUGUCCCACGUUUCUGUUAACGUCUCCAUGCAGGCCACUAAUCACGACUGUCAUUUAUAUGCAUUAGUCACCUUUGUCAAAAACGCCCCGUAUUUACAAAGUCUCUAUAAGAAGGCAAUAGGUUCUGUUUUAGAGAUGUGAUGUGUCAAAUGCCUUUUUCGGGCGAUACGGAGUACGUCAAACAUGUGAUUACGACAAACAAUGCCAUAACACCAGGUACAUUAGCUAAGGAUCAGUGGCUUUUCUAAUACCAAUAAUGAUCUCUUUUUUUUUUCAUCUUUAGGUUGAACGGUAAUGGUGCUAAUGAUCACAGUCAGUCUACCCUGUCAUGUGAUUCCAAGUAAGUUCUUGUCCCUGGCCUUAAAUAGUUUUUUUUAGAGGUCGACUUUCUGCCUGGACAAAUAUAGCUGUCGGAACUAUACAAGGCUGACUGCUCUAAGGAAAAUUAAAGGGAGCCCAGUGCUCUGAAACUGUAAAAUCCAGGGUGCCCAGCAUAUGAUUUGUAUGAAAAAUCUGAGAUUUUCUAGUUGCCUGAGGGCAAAAGUUAGGCGCCAGUGGCCACCGGGCGCUGCUAGAGCACAGCCCUGCUAUAUGCCGUCAGUAAUUGACAAUUAGAGGCUCCACGUGAGACAGAGUCGGUGAUUUGUUGAAUUGAACUGUGGGACAUUUUGAUCCAGUUUCCUGUGCAACCUCGCAGUUGCCAAUAACAGGAGCGAUAGAGUCCCCAAAACAUUCCCAUGGUGCCAGUCGACACAGCACUGCCUCAUUCUCACGUGCAAUGCACCAUUUUCACAAUGUCAUAAUAUACCAUGUUUAUCGCUCAAAAUUUUGCAUACCGUAUUUCAUCGAAUAACAGUCGUCCAUCGGUUAAUCGCCUCCCUCGAAUAAUCGCCCGCCCUCUCGCCAUCUCUUCCUUUUAUCUCCUCUCUGUCAAGCUCAAGUGCAACGAGAUCCAGCAAAACUGAUCAGUGACUAUUAACGCUCUGAAAAUUAAUCAAGGAACUAAAUUUUUAACACUUAAAAAGUCCAUGUCCAGGUUAUUUUAUGUGAUUAUUUGUAGAUUUUAUGGGAAAAUAAAACGAAAUAUUAUUGGCACGACUUCCAGUAAGCACUAUUUGAAAUAAUCACUUCCCUGGAAUAGUCGCCCCCUUUUUGUGCGAAAAAAAGGGGGCCCGGCUAUUAUUCGAGGAAACCAGUCUUUCCAGUUUUUCCAGGGUAUUACAUUCGUCCCAAGAGAGAUCGUAUACAAUGCUUAAGUAAAAUUUUGCGGUGUAAGCAAGUUGCAUCGAGUCACUUGAAUUUCAAAAGAAAUGGUCCAGUAUUGUUACAUUUAAGACUAUAUUUAUGCAUUGAAACUGUUUCCCGUCGUCUGUUGUAACGGAUCGCAAUGAUGGACAUGGACUGAAACUUGAAAACGUUGGGUCAGCAUUUUUAAGUUUUAAUGACAUGCCUGCAAAAAUCGCCGAAAAUCACAACAGAGUUACCUUUCUUAUCAAUUAUGUAUUGUGUUUUUGUUUGUUUUUCCAGAUACACAUUAUUCGCGGUAGUAAAUCACAGUGGUACACUGGAAGUCGGACAUUACACAAGUUUCAUUCGCCAACAACAGCAGGUUUGAAACUCAUGAGCUCUUACGUACCAGAAGUGGGUAGAGUGACCAACGAGUACUUGGAAGGUCUUGGGUUCAAAUUGUGUUUGGGACUCGUUUUUUUUUCUGUCUAACGCUUGCGAUAACGCCACUUUUAUUUAUUUACCAAGCUUACCAUCUACCAUCUUUCAUUCUUCAUCGCUACACAGCAUCUAUUCAGUGGACACUGCUUGUCCCAGCUGCAGCAUGCAGGAGGAGUAGGGAUGGCGCAGUGGUGAGAGCACUCGCCUUCCACCUAUGUGGCCCGGGUUCGAUUCCCGGACUCGACGUCAUAUGUGGGUUGAGUUUGUUGUUGGUUCUCUUCUCUACUCCGAGAGGUUUUUCUCCGGGUACUCCGGUUUUCCCCUCUCCGCAAAAACCAACAUUUCUAAAUUCCAAUUCGAUCCGGAAUGCUCGAGCGUUUUAUACAUAAGCCCCUGGCUCGGGAGAUUGGGCAACCACUCCUCACGCUAUCGAGCUUAAAUAAUUAAAAAACAAAAUUAGAACGCCGUCACUUAUGAACCUAAUAAAUGUUGCAUCUUACCUUCCCUAGUCCCAAGACCUCAAAAUUUAAGCCCCGCAGUCAGUGCGUCUCGGAAGGGUCUCGUGAUGAGAAGAGGAAGUGGCCCUUCGUCUCUGUUCAAUACUUCUCCGAAAACUAUAACAAGUGUGAGGGCCAGGGAAGCCGUAUAGGAGCUAGGGGAAAAACAUACAAAAGUUGUCUUGAAUGUCGCUUAGCUCCCUAGUUACAGCACUCAAUCAGUAUCGAGGGAUAUCAUGGGUUUAUAUUCCAUCUGGUCUCAAAUAUAUUGCCUUUGUGGUACGCUUGGAAGAUAAUCUGUCCUUUUGGUAUUUUUGUAUUUCGACUUCAAUUUCAAAUUCCAAAAUAACUGUCAACUUCACACUGAUUUUCUAAACAUUUUUGUGCAUUGUGUUCCUCAGUGGUUCAAAUGCGAUGAUGCUUGGAUAACUAAAGCAACCUUGGAUGACGUUCUUCAAAGUGAAGGGUGAGUUUUGGCAACAAUCUGAAAAUAUGAUGGAUAUGAGGAGUCAUCAAGGAAAGACUAGUUUCGAGAAAAGAAAUUUGAUUUUAACAAGUCUGUAUUAAAUGCCCUGGAGACCUGUACGGCAGUGUCUUUUCUUGUAGCAGAUUGUUAGAGCUGCAUAGGGAAAAGCAAUCUUUUUUUUUUGUUACGGGUGCUGGUUUUAGGUCAUUUUGCACAAUUCAAACCAUCUGUCCACUUCGUCGUGUUUGUUAGUUGCUGAUGCGGUUUUGCAGGUCACGUUGUCAAUCUCAUUUGACCCCGGGGUAUGGAAUUUUUAAUUAGAAUUGAUCACUCUAGUACAACGAACAAGACAAGGUUGUACUUUUUAGUACACGUCACUUUUGUGGUUGCUAAAAAUGAUAACAAUAUGGAAGUGGAGACUGCAUGCUGUCAGUUUUAAUGCUUAAAACUACUCUCUUGAGGAAACGUAAGCACCAAGAGCCUGUUUUUGUUGUUUACUUUCUAACAUUAUUUUUUACUACCGUUCCAUUUCAGAUAUCUACUGUUUUAUCACAAGAAAAUCCUAGAGUACGAAUAAUUAAAGAAACUGAUUAAUUAGGUGUUCUAAGAUAAGUAGCUUUAUACAGGUUGUGAAACUCUUGUCGCCAGAGCAACCAAAGCGCGGGAAAAGUUGCGAAUACCCUAACCCGAAUGACGUAGGUCUCGCUUCUGACUGGUUAAAAAAUCGCGCUUACUUUUAGUGGUCAGAUUUUUGUACCCAGUUACAAAAUUUAGCAAGCGCAAGAAGACGAAACAAUUUAUUACUUAGAGGUCAGUCUAGUCGGUGUUAUUUCUAGUACCGAUCGUAUUUGAAACGAUAAAUGUUCACUCUUUGUACAAAUCCUUUUCUAUCCAUUUUGGUGAAAUUUGUACAUGCCAACCAGAUCUUAUGGUCGAUGUAGUAUGAAUUUAUGAUGAAAUGCUUUCUUGGAGAAUGAUCGUUCUAAAGACGUAGUUACCUUGUAAAGUUUGAUCAAUCACAGCUGCGAACGAUAAACAGUAGCCAAUCAUAACUCAAACAAAAACGCGCAACAGGUUUCAAGCACGGGAAAAGGCAUCCUUCUCUCAAGAAGGUGAAUUCUGUAAAGUGUUAUUGAGAAGUAAUUCUUUAACGUAGAACUUCACUGUUCAGCUUUUAAACAAGCAACAAUCUAACCUCUGUCGGCAAACAUGGCUCAAAAUAGCUUUUCAGGGGACAAAAUGUUUUCUUCGAACCUUUUCAAAAUACAUGCGAGGUGAUAUCGGACUUGUGUUUGUUUUUGAUUGAUGAAAUUAAUGGCUCUUAUUUUUUUUACCAUCUCUAUCACCCAAAAAUAGUUGAAGGAAAAAUUAAAAAAAAAAAGGAACUAAUGAUAAUUUUGUACAUUUUUGCUAAAUCAAAGCAUAUAAAACAAUAAACGAUAAAGGCUCAAAGAUCUUUCGUUUGAGGGGCUUUGCUAUAGUUUAACCUUGAAUGUUCUAAAAAUUAAAUCACGUUAUUCAGUUAGCUAUUCCUGUUUCUUAUCGAGAAAAGCUGAAGUAAACCUUAUUUCCUGUCUUCUUCCUUUCCAAAACUUUCUAAAAGAAAGACAGUUAAUUAUAGUUUUUUAAUUUUUGGCCACCGCAAAACCAGUCUUGACAAUGGCAAUAAAAAGAAACAAUUUUGUGCCGAGAAUGGGGUAAAUUAUGGGAACGUCUAUGACAUGUUCUUUAUGUGCUAUCAAUCUUUGUGUAAGUUAGUUUUGUAAGUAACUUAACU